CAAAAAGGAAUGAUUACUGUAGGUAGUACCCCUCUUCAGACCGACCUCGGAGGUCUUUCGCUUUUCCCCUUGCAUCUCCUGGGUCGAGUCAACCUGAGCCCGCGUUUCCACCCUGCACUAUUGGACUGCACUAAUCAUUUGGUUCCAUGGCAAUUUUGGACGUGACUUUGCAUACAUGUUUGCUUCCAGCUAGGGUUUAAGCUCGGUGUCGGAAACAGGAUCAGAGUCCAGUAGGAUGGAGCCUUUGAUCCGAAAGAAUGGCGAAUUUUGAGAUGGAGUUUGUGAAUUCAAGGCAGGGUCUGCCUGUAGAAAUGACGGAGCAGCUGAGGUUCAAGGGCGUAGUUUUUAUGGCACGUUGAUGCUGUAUUCUGAUAUCAGGAAUCGCUAUGGAGACUGUGGCGGAAGGAUUGUGGUCUCUUGCCGAUCGUUGGGAGGAGGAAGGGCGUGUUGGACAGGCGGUAAAGUGCUUAGAAGCAAUUUGUCAAAGUCACGUUUCGUUCCUUCCGAUUACCGAUGUUAAGACGAGGCUGCGAAUUGCUUCACUCCUCCUGCGCCAUACGGACAAUGUGUCUCAUGCCAAGUCUCACCUCGAGCGUGCGCAAUUACUGUUAAAGCAAAUUCCUGCCUGCUAUGAGCUCAAGUGCAGAGCUUACAGUCUACUCAGUCGCUGCUAUAAUUUAUUGGGAACUAUUCAAUCCCAAAAGCAAACUCUGAGAAAGGGAUUGGAUCUUGCGAUGUCAGUUGGAGACGGGAGAAGUUUUUUGCUCUGGGCAUGCAACUUCAACCUACAACUUGCCAAUGCCUUGACCACUGAAGGAGAUUAUCAAACGGCAAUAGCGGUGCUGGAGUCUGGUCUACAAACUGCAGAACAAGCUUAUCUUCCUGAUCUUCAGAUGGUGUUUGCUACCUCGGUGCUUCAUGUGAACCUCAUGCAAUGGGAAGAGGAUGCAGGAAUAGUGGAGCAGAACAUGUCCAGAUGUGAAACUUUGUGGAACAUGAUGCCCGUCGAUCAGAGGCACGUCUGUAAAGGCCUCUACGUUUACAAGUUGCUGCUACAAGCAUUUUUUUCCCUCCGAACGUGCGAUUACAAAGAAGCCACUUAUCACGUGGCAUCUUUAGAUACUGCUUUGGCGGAUGACACCGAGCCGCCUACUCCGACAAGUGAGCAAUACUAUCUGCAACAACAGCUGAAUUAUUUGGAAGAGCAAAUGAAGCAGGCUUCCUUGUCACCCGUUGUCUUAUCGGACCUUCAUGAUCAGUAUCUAAUGGUUCAACGCCAACUCAAUCAAUGUGCACAACAAAGGCAAUACAAGGCUAACCAGCUGGGAUUAAGUGAAGUCGGAAAGUUACCUCUGGGCCCAGCUCCACUUGACGAAGAAUGGCUUCCUAGGGGCGCUGUCUUAGUCCUUGUAGAUCUUCUUGGAGCGCUUUGCUUGAGGCCGAAGGGGAUGUUUAAAGAAUGUUCAAAGCGCAUUGAUUCGGGACUCUCCCGUGUCGACGAGGAGCUAAACAAGUUGGGAGUAACUGUUGAUAUCGCUGAGGGUGAUUUACAGCAUUGGGCUAUAUGGAUCGUUGGAAUAUACUUAGUUUUGUGGCUUCAACUUCUCGAAAACAAAGCUAUAAUUGAUUUGACGCAGACCGAUAUUUUGGCGACUCAAGAGACUCUGGUGCAAAUACUGGAAUGCCAUGGUCGCUUUUCUACCAUGCUACAAGGGUUUCAAAGUAAUAUCCACAUGUUAUUGGGACAUUAUUCACACACUAUGGGUUGUUAUCAGGAAGCAGUGCUACAUUUUGGGAAAGCUUUUAAGAUGACAGGUAGCAAAGGGAUGCAGGCCAUGUCUCAAGUAAAUGCUGCCUUGUCGUACAUCUGUGUCGGAGAUCUUUCUCAGGCUCUGGAUUUAAUAGCGCCAGUUUAUAAGAACAUGGAUUCUUACGUAGGUGUGCGCGAAAAGACAAGCGUUCUUUUCGCAUCAGGACUCCUACAAAUGAAGCAGAAUAACUUACAAGAAGCUCGGACACGUUUAGCGACUGGAUUAACUUUGACACACAAGCAGCUUGGAAACCAUCAGUUGCUGUCACAGUACUUGACCGUCCUGGGCAGCAUGGCAACAACAAUGCACGAUACUGGUCAAGCCCGUGAUAUUCUCAAGUCUUCCUUCACCUUGGCCAAAGCCCUUCAUGACCUUCCUACCCAACUUGGAGUUUUGUCAGAGCUAACAGUACUCUUCCAAGAACUUGGGGAGACUUCUAAGCAGCUAGAAAACGCUGAGUAUGAGGCCAGGAAAACAGAAGAGCUGAAGCGCUGUAUUGGAGCCGCAAGAGAUUCAAAACAUCACACUCGCCUCAUUCAGUACGGCUUGUCGUGAUCGAUAAGUCUUGUGGCGGAUAUGUACCACAGGGAGUCCAAACCCGUUUUUCUGAACAAUGGCUGUAAAUUAAAUUUAUUGUAGACCAGGGAUUCAAGCCAGGUAGGUGUCAGAUAUUGUCUGUUCGUAGCUUCGUGCUCUACGAACAAAGUAGCUAUCACAUUCAUCUGUGAUUUCAGUGGUGAAUUUGGAUAGAGGUUUAGGACCAGAGGAAUCUGGGGCAGUGUUCGCCUCCUCAUGACCCAAUCUUUUCUUGGGUCAGAAGUAGAGUUAUUGAAUAGAGGAAAUUUUUGAUCCCUUACAUCUGUACAUUAAAAUAUCCCCAUGUACUGGGUUGAUCAAUCUCUUAAUCUUUCUCCUCGCUCUCAGUCUCUCAUCGAUCACUACUGUUGCUGGCUGAUGAUGCGACCGACGGGAGCAGAAACAAUAGGCGAGGUUGUCGAUUAGGAAAAGAAGAUCACAGACUGUACUCAACACUUCCUAGAAUUUCCACGAAUAUUACGACAGAUUACAGUACACUUCAGUCUUUACACAGGACUGUCAUUAGCAAGAAUUGCUAGUACAUCAAUCAGUGAGUUGCGCUGAUCUCUCGGUCAGGCAGACUCUAGGUGAAGUUAUCAAAACUCUUGUACCAUAUUGGAACAUUGAGGAAAGAAAGUGAUCCAG